AUGAAGAUCCCAGUUCUCCCUGCUGUGGUUCUUCUCUCCCUGCUGGCACUCCACUCUGCUCAGGGGGCAGCCCUGGGGAGUUCUGAGGAAGAAAGCACCAUUGGUAAUUAUGCGGCAGGACCUGAGGCCUAUAACUCUCAGUUCCUGAACCUUGACAAGUUGCGAUCUGCUUUUAAGAACGAUGAAUUCCUGAACUGGCAUGCUCUCUUCGAGACUAUCAAAAAGAAGCUUCCUUUCCUCAACUGGGAUGCUUUUCCUAAGCUGAAAGGAUUGAGGAGUGCAACUCCUGAUGCCCAGUGA